AUGGCCAUCAACACCCUGCCAACAACAACCACCACAAAACAGCUUAGAUUCCUGGUCAUCGGCGCCGGCUCGCGAGGCCACCGCUACGCCGAAGCUGUCACAGAAAGUACCUCAGCCCUCAUCCACGCUGUAGCUGAACCACGGCCCUGGAACCGGCAAGAAUUCGGAGAACGCUUCAUCUGGGGCACCAACAACAAGCCAAGCAACGGACAAGAAUUCACCGACUGGCGCGACUGGCUGAAAUGGGAACAGGAACGUAGACAAGCCCUUGCCAAUGGACAACAAAACGUUCCCCUUGGAGUUGACGGUGUUUUCGUCUGCGCCCUAGACGAGAUGCAUGUCGAGAUCAUGUGUGCAAUCGCACCCUUGAAUCUACACGUCCUAUGCGAGAAGCCACUCGCAACAUCUCUAGCCGACUGUCUCGCCAUCUACCGCGCUUUUGUGCCUGACCACAAAAGGGACGUCGGACCUUCAAAAGUAUUCUCAAUCGGACAUGUCCUACGCUACAGCCCACACAACAUGCGCCUGAGGCAACUCCUCCUCGAAGAGCGCGUAAUCGGCGAUGUGGUCUCCGUCGAACAUGUCGAGCCCGUCGGCUACUGGCACUUUGCGCACAGCUAUGUACGCGGGAACUGGCGCCGGGAGACGCACGCUGGUGUUGGCUCAUUGCUCACAAAGUCAUGCCACGACAUCGAUUUUUUGGUCUGGUUGCUCUCCUCUCCACCACCGGGAUCGCCAAAGGAUAUGCCACCGCAUGAACCACGCACGAUAUCGUCAACAGGCCGAUUGACGCAGUUCAUUGGUAAGCGGAAACCGAAGGAGGCAGGUGAUGCAACGAAUUGUCUCUCGUGCCCGAUUGAGCGGAAAUGCAAUUAUAGCUCUGUGCGACUGUACAAAGAGAGACAACUGGACAAGGGCAAUACGGAUUGGCCGUUACAUAUUGUCUGUCCAGAUAUUGAGGAUACGUUCAAGGUAGCUGGUGCAGAUGCGGCGGAGAAAUUGUUAAUGACUGCUCUUGCCGAGGACUACGAUAAGAGUUCCGCUCCCGACGCGGAAAUCAAGUCGAGGUCGUGGUAUGGCCGCUGUGUGUGGGAGUCGGAUAAUAAUGUCUGCGACGACCAGUUCGUGACUCUCACAUGGGACGAUGAACAACCACCAUCCACAGACGAAGGAAAGUAUACCCCCCGAACAUCCAAAACCGCAUCAUUGCACAUGAUCGCACCCACCGAGAAACAAUGCGAGCGCCGGGGUCGCAUAUACGGCACAGAAGGCGAAAUCGAAUACGAUAGUCGCACAAUUAAAUACUUCUCCUUUGCCACCAAUGAAUUCACAACUAUCGAAAUCCCGAAAGCGAAAAAUCCAAAGGAGGAGCAGGCGCAUGGAGGUGGGGAUUGGGGACUGACGAGGAUGUUUAUUGGUGCUGUGCAGGCUGUUGAGGAGCGUGGUUGGGAUGUUAGGGAUGCGCAAAGGGAGUUUAUUGGGUGUACAUUAGAAGAGGCCGUCAGGAGUCAUGCUGUUGUUUUUGCGGCCGAGGAAGCGCGACGAGAAGAAAAGGUUAUUAGGUGGCAGGAUUGGUGGGAUCAGCACUUGAAAUCUCUUGUAUGA